UUAGCGCCAGAAUAUGCGAAGGGGGUGUCUGCCACGGAGUUAGUGUCUGCUAUGUUUAGUUCCGAAGUGAGGUUAUGUUUUACAGUGAUGAAGAAACGUCUAUGAAAAAAAUAACAAUCAUUUUUAUUAUUAAACACCGUUAAGUGACGAGCUGAGGGUCUCAAAACGGGAUAAAUAUCAACAACGUCGACGAUGGCCGAUUACUGGAAGUCUCAGGGUCGGAAAUUCUGCGAUUUUUGCAAAUGCUGGAUCGCCGACAACAAGCCGAGCAUCGAGUUCCACGAAGGUGGCAAAAAGCACAAGGAAAAUGUCGGCAAACGACUCCGGGAGAUUCAUAAGAACAGUGCUAAACAGGCCAAGCAGCACCGGAAGUUCGAGGAUGACAUUAAGAAAAUGGAGACCGCAGCAAUGGCGGCAUAUCUCAAAGACGUUGAGAACAACACGACUGAUCUAACAGCGGAGAGGAUAAUUCGUGAAAAAUUAGAAAACGCAGGAAAAAACGACGCCGCACCGCCGAAUGUUCCAAAAGCACCUCAGCUGGCACCUCCAGAAGCCAGUCCAAGGUACAAGAACAGACAAUUUCACCCUACAGUCGGAGGCGCGCAAACACGUGGAAAUAAAGGGAAUCGAGGAGAGCGAGAGCCCCAAUUCGACGUCGAUCCCUGCGAUCCUUCUUCGUCGUCUCAACCCAGAUCUUCCAGCCACAAAUCGGGCUUACCCGGAGCAAGCGGAGACGUGAAGAUUCAGGGCAAGGCUAAAAUCAAAGGCAAGAGGGUCAAGAAAGGGUUGGAAGACGAUGCAGCCAAAGUUAGGAGUCAACUUUUCGCCCAGAAACUUUGGUACGAAGCAGUCAGCCCCGAAGGGUAUACCUACUACUGGCACAUCCAGACAAACGAAUCUGUGUGGGAGCCACCAGCGGAAGGUUUCGCGACAAUUGCCGAGCAGGAGGAGGAAGCCAAGGAAUUGGCUCUGCAGGAGGAACUGUUGGCUCAAAUAGCCAAGGACGAGGAGAAGAAGAAGGAGGAAACCGCCGAGGAGCGGCGAGCCAACGCCGAGAGAGAAAAAUACAAAGAGAUUCGGAAGCAGCGGGAGGAACAAGAACACGCCGUCGAGCCUGACGAUGAUGAGGAUCAAUCACCCAGCGUUCCCUAUAGGAGAGAUUACAGUGUGCCUGAACGGCCACAACCCUACGGAAAGUGGAAGACCGUGCAAGUGAUCGAGAAGAAGCCGGUCGAUUUGCAGCUACCGAAACAUGAAUUUGUCGCAGUUUCGGUUCCCUCGUUGGAGCGAGAAGCGCCCCAGCGAAUUUUCAAAGAGAAAACAAUAUCCAGAGUCGAUGCCGGGGAUAGCGAUGAAGAGACCGUUCCCUCAACCUUCAAAAAACGCAAGUUUGGUAACAAAAACGUUCGGAAAAGGCUAGACGACGAUUAAACACCCUAAAUUUAAUUUUUUAUUUUUUUUUUCUAAGUAAAUAACUACAUUCACCUAGGAAUGCUCUCGGGAUUUUUCUACAGCUGUGCGCUCUUUGUCCUGACGUAAUCACCUAUCCUUCGCUAAUUGACAACUAGUAUUAAUUCAAUUUGUGGAGAGUAUUUUCUAUUCUUUCCUGAAAGAACGGAAAAUCUCGUGAAGUCGAGUUGGCGAAGAAAACUCUUUUACCGAACACUCUAUAAGAAGUUCCAGUAAUUCAAUUAUUUUUACUUUUAUUUCGUCAUCUGUUUUCUGGUGACGUUUCUCUUCCACUGACUCCCUGCUAUUUGUCAGUACUUUUUAUAAAUGAAUCAAUAGUACAUUGAAUAGUAAAAUAUUUCGAUGUGUGAACAUUUUAAGAAAUUAGGACUAUAAAAGUUAUGGGCAAAUGACUGAAAGUGUUUAAGCAAGUUCAACUAAUGCCGUUUUUCGCGGAAAAAAAUAAAUAAAUAAGGAAUACCUACAGUUCUUGAUUUUGGGAAUAAUUUUUCUACGGUAAUACACAGAAAGUUGUUUUUUCUUUUCAAACCGUAAAAUAUUGUUCAUUUUCACGGCCCGAGCGCGAAUAAUCAAUCUGAUAUGAGAUUUCGCAAUUUUCGUUCAUACUUACACGCGAAAAAUACGACGAUUAGACACACGGGAUUGAGAUAUAAACGUGUUUAGCGAAUUGUAAACUAAAAUAUAUCAUAUAUUUUACUACAACGAUCAAUAUCUAUAAGUUAAAAAUAAAUACUUAUAACUAAAAUUUACAACAAAAAUACUCUGUCCUAAGUUACAUUCAUAUCUGUAUAAUGUAAUAAUUAUGUUACAUAUUUAUAACGUAUGAUACAACAUUUUUCUUAAACCAACGAUAUGUCCAAUACGAUAUCCGCCUUAAUAGCAAAAGCUGAUAACUCGGGUCGAAAUUGUUAUUUACAAACUGAAUUAGUCGAUCUCAUUUGUUACGCACCGUAGAUAUGUGUGUUCAAAAAUAACCGCGUCGUGUUCCAAAAUGGCGUCGAUGAUCAAGACGUCACCGAUUCGCCAACGGUGGCGCCUCGCUCGCUGCUGCAUUGAGAAUUGCUGGCCUAUAAAGCCCUCGCAAUUGUUUGUACUUCAAUAAUUUUCAUUCUUCUAAACAUUUACUUUUAAUACUUCUUUUCUUUUUUAAACUAAAAUUCUAAAAUUCAUCACACGAGUCGAUCGUCCAAGAGCGGAGGAUUCAAAUAACGCGUACAUACGCUUGUAAUUUCGAAGUGGAACGACCCGAUUAAACGACUUCUCACCUGCUGAUAACUGACAUCUAGCUGCUUGGCGCGAAGCCCGUGGCAGUUUUUCAAACGUAAGUUUAAACUGGGGCUCGCCAUUUAAUUAAGUUAAAAUUAUGCAAUUUCAAAAGCUAGCUAGCCUAACAUCGAUGCCCAAAAAUAUUCCAUCAUUCUCAUGGCCCCUGAUCCCUUAAUAACAAUUAUCAAAAAUAGAAUGACGCGAAAGUGAAGACAAGCGAAGAGAUUCUACUCGUCAACGAUCAAUCAAAGCCGAUAUGUUAAUUCUUUUGUUUCAAC